AAACGUCAGGACAGGUUUUUCUCACCUCCUAGCUAAAUAUUUCGCUGAAAUGAUUUCAACUUUUCUAGCCGCUUCUAAGUUCGAAAAACAAAUUUAGACACUUCUAAGAGUAAACAGUGGAAAACUAGUAGUUGUGGGUGCAACAGUGAAUCAUUUAACAAUGAAUGACGAGGAACAAAAAAUGGCCAUUUUGCGUAAGGCCUUCCAAAUGUUUGAUACCAAAAAAUCCGGAUAUAUUGAAACGAUCAAGAUUGCCACUAUCCUUAACAGUAUGGGUCAGUUGUUCGAUGAGACAGAGCUUAAUAAUCUAAUCACAAAAUCCGAUCCCGAUCGUUGUGGUCAAGUUAACUUUGAUGGAUUUUGUGACAUCGCCACACACUUUCUGGAAGAAGACGAUGAUGAAUCUACGCAGCAGGAAUUGAAAGAAGCUUUCAGAUUAUAUGACAAAGAAGGAAAUGGCUAUAUCACCACAGCUACUUUAAAAGAAAUCCUUCGAGCUCUAGAUGACAAACUAACUAUGCGAGAAUUAGAUGGCAUCAUAGCUGAAAUUGAUACUGAUGGAUCAGGCACUGUUGAUUUUGAUGAAUUUAUGGAAAUGAUGACUGGUGAUUAAAAAAUAAUUAUUGAGAAGAAGCUCCUUACAACUUUCUGGAUCUUUUUACUCUGGAUCAUUUACCUACUGAAAAUAACUGCAUUUUAAUAAGACUAAUAACAUAAGCUGUUAUGCAUCUUCCAAAUGACUGAUAACCUUGAAACUUUACUUUUUGAUGUUUUCUUACAUUUAAUACAAAACAAUAACUGUCUUUAUUUUGAAAAUACUACAAUAAUUAUACAGUAUAUUUCACAA